CGUGGCUGGCUAGGGUGACUUGUGAAAAUGCCCAUGUACAGAAUGCAGCCCUAUUGUGGUGGGGAGAUCCAGGUGGACUUGCCCACAUGCAUGUAUAGGUUGCCCAAUGUGCAUCAGGCCGUGUCGGAAAACCUUGAGCAGGCUGCUGACCCAGCAAUCCAGGCGCUGGAAUCCAGACAAGAGGAUAUCCUAAAGAGACUGUAUGAAUUGAAAGCUGCUGUAGAUGGACUGUCAAAGAUGAUUCAGACCCCUGAUGCAGAUCUUGAUGUGACAGAUAUUAUUCAGACAGAUGAGCAGUCGGCUCCGGGACCUGUGGUUGCAGAUCUGGACUCUGUACUUGGGAAGGAAUAUGGAGCUCUCAGGGACAUUGUGAUCAAUGCAAACCCUUCUUUGCCUCCACUGUCCCUGCUGAUAUUGCACAGCUUGUUGUGUGAGCGCUACCAAGUCUUGUCUGCGGUGCACACCCAUUCAUCUAUCGCCAGCAUCCCAGAGCCUCUGAUGAAAUGCUUUGGCGACCAGCUUAAAAUGAAGCCUCGGCACCAGUACCAGCUUGGAUUUACCCUCAUCUGGAAAGACGUGCCCAAACCGCAAAUGAAGUUCAGCAUUCAAAACAUGUGUCCAAUUGAAGGAGAAGGAAACAUUGCCAGAUUCCUGUUCUCGCUGUUAGGAUGUAAGUUUAAUGCAAUCAAUGCGACGCUGAUAGACGGUUGGGUCGACACCGCCAUUUUCCAACUUCGAGAAGGGAGCAGUAAGGAGAAAGCGGCUGUUCUGAAAGCCAUGAACACUGCUCUUGGCAAGUCCCCGUGGCUGGUGGGAAAUGAACUGACAGUAGCCGACAUUGUGAGCUGGUGUGCCGUUCAGCAGUGCGGCAACUCCACCGCCGUCCCGCCCAGUGUUCAGAAGUGGAUGAAAUCAUGCGAGAACCUUGCUUCCUUUAAAAGUGUGCUCAGGUUUUUGAAGUGACAAAGAUGGCGGUAAACAGGAGUUGCUGCUUUUAAAGUCAGUCAUAGCCACCCACCCCAAAAAAAAAGGUUUAUUUGACACACAACCCUCGUAAUAUCAUCAGAUGCAGGUCUUGCUGUGCCCUAGUGAAUUUUAGCUGGCCAACUGUUUAAAUGUAUACCAAUACUGGCACACAUAUGCCACUUAGGGUGCUUCGCCACUGGACCAUAUAUGCUGUAGUUCUAAGGAUUUUCAGCUCCCAGGGAUGAUGUGGUUUUUCUUUCUCAAGCAUCUGAAGGAGGGGGGUUCUGUGUUAUCUAAGCCUGUUUUUGUGGUGGGUAUAAUCUGACUUUAAAGUUGUACUUGGCGGUUACUUAAAAGAAACCAUUUUUUUUUUACUGUCAAGAAGCCCGAGCAUGUUUAAAUACAUAGUCUGAGACCAAUAAUGGAAUGCUGCUGCCUUAAGGGGGAAUCAAAGGCAAGUUAUUUGUCCAUGUACUAAAAAUCUUAAAUUAAAUCAUAGACAUU